AAGAAGAAAAAUGAGUUCCAACUCUGAAACACAAGCUCACCAUGUGGUUCUCUUUCCUUUCAUGUCCAAAGGCCACACCGUCCCAAUCCUCCACCUAGCCCAUCUCCUCCUCCGCCGUGGCCAGGCCGUCACCGUCUUCACCACCGUAGCCAACCGUCCAUUCAUCGAUCACUCCCUUGCUCACACUUCUGCCUCCGUCGUCGACCUUCCCUUCCCUCAAAACGUGGCUGACGACAUCCCCGCUGGCAUCGAGAGUACCGACAAACUGCCCUCGAUAUCCCUGUUCUAUUCAUUUGCCAACGGUACCAAGCCCAUGCAGCCCGCCUUCGAACGAGCUCUCCAGACUCUUCCACGUGUCAACUUCAUUGUCUCUGAUUGGUUCCUCUGGUGGACCCUGGAGUCCGCCUCCAAAUUCAACAUCCCCCUGUUCGCAUUCCAUGGUAUGAGCUAUCACUCCAGGGCUAUUAGCCGGGCUGUGAUUGAGAAUCGGCUUCUCUUUGGACCCGAGUCAGACGACGAGUUGAUAACAGUGGAUCCUUUUCCAUGGGUCAAAGUCACUAGAAAUGACUUCGAGCAGCAUUUUAGGGAGCCGGACCCAAAGGGUCUGCAUUUUGAGUUCGUUAUGAAUGUUGUAAUGGCAGAAAUGAAUAGCUACGGCGUCAUAUUCAACAGUUUUCAUGAGCUUGAGCCUUUGUUUGUUGAUUAUUGGAAUCGUGAGUGUUCAUCCAAGGCCUGGUCCGUGGGGCCUCUUUGCCUGGCUGGGCCGCCAAAGGAAUCCAACAGUAAGCCAUCAUGGGUGCAGUGGCUGGACAAGAAGCGUGAGCAGGGGAGCUCUGUUCUGUACGUAGCCUUUGGGUCUCAGGCGGAUAUUUCCCCUGCACAACUCAAAGAAAUAGCAAUUGGGUUGGAGGAAUCCAAGGUGAAUUUCUUGUGGGUGACAAGAAAGAGUGAUCAGUCGGAGGUUUUAGAGGGGUUUGAGGAGAGAGGGAAAGACAGGGGAAUUGUGGUGAGAGAGUGGGUUGACCAAAGGGAGAUUUUGAUGCACGAGUGCGUGCAGGGGUUCCUAAGCCACUGUGGGUGGAAUUCUGUUCUGGAGAGCAUAUGCGCUGGAGUACCAAUCCUGGCAUGGCCGAUGUUGGCAGAGCAACAUUUGAAUGCGAGAAUGGUGGCAGAGGAGAUAAAGGUGGGGCUGAGGGUUGAGACCGUUGAUGGGUCAGUGAGAGGGUUUGUGAAACGGGAGGGGUUGCAGAAAAUGGUGAGUGAGUUGAUGGAGGGAGAGAUGGGGAAGGAAGUGAGGAAGAAGGGGAAAGAGAUUGCUGUUAUGGCCAAGAAGGCUGUGGAAGACGGUGGAUCGUCCUGCCGCUCCAUGGACCUGCUCAUUGAUGAGACUUGCAAGAAGGAAACAUGCACUGCGUAACUCUCUCACUCUGCCAGCGCUGGGGCAUAGAAAUUAGACAACUUUUUGUUUUGUUUUUAAUAAUGAAUAAAGCUUUGCUCUUUCUCCCAACACAAAUUUCUGUUCCUUGUGCACUGCUCUCUGCAGAUUUUUGGAACUGACCGAAGUUUUCCAUAGGUAAUUAUAUAUAGAUCGAAUAUUCUACUUAUCAUA